AUGGGUAUAUUAGGCCUUGACCAUAUAUCAUUUAUUUCCGACAGAAUAUUCCAACUUAUAGACACUAGAAAAUAAGAUUAAGUUACAUUUGAAGAUUAUAUAAGAUACCUAGAUAUAAUAAUAAACGGAUCAGAUAUAGAAAAAGCGCGUAUGAGUUUCCUUUUUUUAACAAAUCAUAAUUAAAGAAAAUUAUUAUUCUCAGAUAUUGAAUAAAUGAUAUAUAAAAUAUCUAUUAUAUGGAAAGAUUUAACAGGAUCUAAAAUUAUUCCAUAAAAAUAACAUAUUGACAGAGUAUUUAAAAAAUUAGAUAAAAAUAAUAAUGGAAAUGUAAGUUUUGAAGAAUAUUCAAUAUUUUAUUAAUAAAACUAAGAUUUUUUUGGUUGGUAUGAUUUAUUUAAUGAAGAUUUAAUAAUAGAAUAAUAAAUAAAAGAGAUAACCAGGUAAAACACAUCUAAAGAGAAAAAAAUAAUCGAUUAAUAAAAACAAAAAGAUUUAAAUAAUACUAAAAUGCAUUCUCAUUUAGUGAAUUUGGACUUAUCUGUUACUAAUGUUAUUCUUUCUUUAAAAUAAUUUGAAUUUCAUAAUAAAUAAAAUACUAAUUAAGGCCCUUUAGAGAAAAAUAAUAAAAUAGAUGAAUUGGACGAGGAUUUUUUUCUUUAAAAAAUAGAAGAAAUUCUACUAUAGUAAUUAGAAAAUAAUAGUCUUAUUUUAUAAAAUCUCAAUAAUAAUAUUGAAAAUAGAGAAAAUAGAGUUUUCUCGGAAAAUAGAGUUUUAUCGGAAAAUAAAUGCGAUUUAAAUAUCGAUAACUACCCUGAAGAAGCCGAAAAUAUAAACCAUAAUUUAACUCAGCGAAAAGCCACAAUCUUUAAUAUUCCCACACAUAAAAGAAACAAAUAAUUCCGUAGAAAUACGUCUAUAUACGUCGGUCAUGAAAACUGGAAUUUAGUUUUUUGUAUGAUGAUUGGCAUCCAGAGUUCCAUAAAAAGCCUAUAUAUGGGUGAUUAGAAGGAAAUAUCUAAUAAAGACUUCAGUUAUAAAUAUGUAACUGACUUAAUUCAUAGUUCGAACAAAGAAAAAGAGUGUAUAUAGUAUAAUUUUGUAGAUUACGCUCCCUUAAUUUUCGAGAAAAUACGACAAGAUUUUAACAUAAAUAGAGAAAAUUACCUAAAAAGUUUAGGACCUUAGACACUUUUAGGACAUUUAAUUAUGGGAAAUAUGGCUAAUUUAAGUGAUUUAUGUGUUUCUACGAAGUCUUUUUAAAAAUUUCAAUAUUAUACGGAAGAUAGUAGAUUUGUGAUUAAAAGUAUAGGGAAAAAUCAAGCUAUUUUUUUUAGGAAAAAAAUAUUGGAGAAAUAUUUUUUAUAUAUAAAAAAUAACUAAAAUAGUUUAAUAAUGAAAAUUUUUGGUUUACAUAAAUUAAAAUUUAUAAAGGAAGGAAAAAAAAUAUAUACAGUCUGUUUUAUUGUCUCAUAUAAUAUAUUUAAUACCUCAUUUUAAAUAAAUUAUAGAUAUGAAUUAAAAGGAUCUACACAUAAAAGAUAAACAAAGAAAAACGAGGAAGAGUUUUUGGAUAAAACUAUUGCUAUGAAAGAUUUGGAUUUUUUAAAAGAUAAAAAUUAAAUCAAGUUAAAUAGUAAAGAAAGAAAUGAUCUUUUAUGUUAAAUUUAAAAAGAUUCAAAGUUUUUAUCUGAUAAUAAUAUUAUAAAUUAUUGUUUAUUAACAGGAUUUCAUUAAAGUAAAUAUAUAUUUAUAUAUAUAUUUAUAUAUUUAUUUAUUUAUUAUUUAUUUAUAUAUAUUUUAUUAGUAAAUAAAUAGAUUUUUGGAUAAUAUUGUGUAUAUAAAGCAAAUAAUAAAAAUAAUGGAUUUUUAUAUAAUUAAGGUAUUAACUCUAAAGAUAAUAAUUAUGUUUAUUUUUUAGGUAUUAUUAAUAUUUUUACUGAAUAUCAAACCUAAUAAAAAUUAAUUCAUUCUUUAAAAUCUACUAUUUAUGGAAAUAUAAUUUCCACAAUCCCACCCUUUGAAUAUGCUUUAAGAUUUACAGGUUUUAUAAAUAAACACGUAUUAGCUCCUAGUUCUUGA